CUGGCCGAUACACUGCGUCCUCGGACACCGGCGACGCUUUUUCGCUCGCGAUAUUUUUGGCGCGAAAACGUAUCUGCCCAAACGGAGUAAAUUUUUCGAAAGUCUGUCCGUUUUGGACGUGACGGUGACGCACGUUUGAUAAAAUCCGGGAACGAUUCGGAAAAAUGUAAAGACGAUGUACCAUUUAAUAUAUGUACAUAAUAACAAUAUCUAAAGUGUUUAAAUUGUUAUUUUAAAAGUAAAUUUCAAUAGAAACUGAGGUGGUGAUAAUAAAUAAUGAAUAAAAAUUACCAUGCCGUUUAAGAAAGACUGGCAUUAAGUUGUUUUCCACAAUAACCACAUCUUAAAGUACACAGGGUAUUCUAAUUUAAGUUUCUUUUAUGUUUAAAAUAAAUAUAGAAUAAUAAUCCCAAGUACUGUCUUAAUGUACGUCUAUACAUAGUUCAAGCAGUUACAUUAUUUUGAUGGCAUAACUGUACAUUAUACAAUUAAUAAAUUAAAUAGUAAUCAAAAUGCCCAUUUAAAACAUGUUGGAAAGUUCUUUAAACUGUAUCAUAUCUUGCUGUAAGUUUUAAAUACAUAUAUAUUAGACAACUAAAAGUACGAGUGCUUUUGCGUAAAUUUUGUGGUAUUUAAUGACGACUAUGGUUUGAAGAUGGACUGUUGCAAUUAUAUGCAAUACAAAUUUCCGUAUUACGGACCUUAUCACCAGUAUUACGAGAACUUUACGUACGAGUCGGAGUACUACGGCCAUCAGUAUCAGAAUUAUUACGGAAAUGGACCGUGUUAUCAACAAUACUGGCCGUGUGCCACACCGUUUCCAGAUUACGUGUACAACCCUAAAGAGGCGAGAAUGCGGAAAGCAAUGCGAGAAGCAACCAGAGAUCAUUCGCUUGGAGGGAUACAUCUACAAAGUAGGGGAGGACGCCCCAUGCAGUCCUGGCAAAAUCCUCCAGAGGAGCAGCUUAUGAUGAAUCCACCGUCAGAGUUGCAUCCCACUAUUUGCGGAUAUUCUUCCUUAAAUGGAGCGUACAUGCAUCAAAUGAGGCCCUACUCAAAAACACUUCAGACAGGUCCUUCUAGUAGCUGGGUUUCUAAUUCGUCAUUUUAUAGUCAAGGUCAUUCCAUGGAACCUCUACAACACCAGCAAGGUGAAGUAUGGCAAAAUUAUCAGGAAACCAAUUCAUGUGCUACAAAUUACAUCCCGGACGCCCAGGUUCAUUCAUUUCCUUCAGGAUCCGCGGAUUUGAUUCCUUCGAUAUCUCGUGGAAAUUGUCAGACCGAGAAAGACCCGUUUCCGAACAACUAUCAGAUACAGGCUAAUAGACAUCUGACCGAAAAUGUAGCGCUAAAUGUGACCCAAAGUAAAAUGUCAGCGUCGAGUAUCGACAAGAAGGGCAGCAAUUUACCGCUGCCCAUGCAUUCGCCACUGUGCUGCGAGAACGAUGAAAAUUCCCAGCAAUACGCUCAAAUUUUCAAUGGCUCGCAAAAUGAUCCUGCGGUUCCGGAACAAAACCGCUUUGGCGGUCAGAAGGAGUCCCGAACGGAAGAGUUGCCAAGUUCUCGUUCUGCGAGGAGAAGCGGUAACAAUUCAACUUCGGCGUCGUCUUUAUCGACGUCGAAAGUAAAAGCGCUACCGGAUUUCAACGAGGCUUUCGGCUCGACUGAACGGGGUAGAUUUCAAAGUCCGCCCGAUCCACGUCUCAUUUCGAACAAGUGUUUUACGGAUUACAACAUCUGCAUGGAUGACUGGGUCCGGUUUGACGACUUUCGCAUAUAAUGGUGGUAGCGAUUAGGGGUUAAUUAAUUCAUUCGAAACCGUGUAAUAGUUUUAUUGCACAAUCCAAUCCAGUGAGAUACCCCGAGAGGACCUUUUCUUCCUUCCUUCCUUGUUAGGCACGGAUUUAAAUUGUACUCCCACAGUUCUACUGUAUAAUAUCACUUAUUGGAUUGUAUUUUGUAAAGCAACCAUGAGUACAAAUUACUCCUACUCACGAUGAAAUAGAAAAACUAAUUGCCAAACAGCGGAGAUUUCUAAAUUAAAAAUUAUAAUUUAUUAGGAUAACCGUCAAGGAAGUUUUAGUGAUUGCUAGAAAGUAUAAAGGAGUAACUUUAUACUAUUUUUUUUGUGAACAAGAACGAAAGUCGGUUGUAAUCGGAGUUAUAAUACGACAUUAUCCUUUGAUCUUCGUUUUACUUUACUGCGAUUAAGUUUGAAUCUGAGAUUGAGUUCCACGAUAGUGGAUUAAGUCUGAAUCGGCUUCUUGUUUACAUGUUAUACGAUAUCGUUUCCUGAUUCUAUAUAAAUCGCAUAAAACUGCAACAAGUAAUUUAAUAAUAAACUCAAUUCUGACCAUUUACAUUGCCGCUUUCUUAUAAUUCUGUAAUGUCGUUAGUGAGAAGAAUCGUUUUUUUUUGUCCUGGCUGAAUGCAUUAGUUACUUAUUCAAAAACCGUGUACUUAGGCCGUCUUUGGCAAUUACGAUCAUGUGACGCAGCGAGACGCCAUCCGGUCUAAUAAGGAUACGCUGAAAAACGAUAUUAGGAAAUUUAUGUACAUAUAAUGCAUUUAAUGAGUUACUAUAGGUGCCAUAAAUUUGUGAUCUAAUUUGAAAAGGAAAGGAAGAAACAAACUUUUCGUUUUUGAAUGAUCCCUUAAACUAUUAGAAUAAGAAACAUAUCUGUGAGUCUCGUCAGGACUUAACAGGGGAUGUUAUUGAUAGACUUUUUAUACUGCCUGGACUGUUUAGAUUUUUUCAGUCAUAUUAUACGCUGAGUAAAUUUUUAUAUCCUUAUCCUAGGUUUGACGUAUAUUUAAACAUGUAAUUGUUUAUGUUCUUCCUUUUCGUUUCUGUCAGAUCAAAGGUUUAUGGCCUUUAUUACUUAAAUAAAAAAAGGUUUUACCGAUUCUAGUCACAAUAUGUGCGAUAUUCUUUUGUAGAUACAUAUAUUAUAUAUAAUAAUUUUGUCAAAAGAAAGAAUUGAAGAUGUAAAAUUAGGGAGUAGAAUAAAACAAAUAUUUACCUAAGGGGUUGUAAGAAUACGUACCUAAUAAUAAUUAUUAUAAAAUGAAAAUUCACACAUGUACAAGGUAACAAGUUAAAGCAGCAAAGUAGAGGACUUUGUCUUCUGUAAAAAUCUUGAACAACUUUUAAAAUUAGUCUGAAAACCAUAUAUAUAUACAUAUAUAUAUAUACAUUAAGUAGAUAAUUACAUGUACGUACCUAAUAUUAUACUAUAAAUACGCAUCUAUUAGGGGUAGAAAAUAAUUGUUAUUCUUAACGUUUUUGGAUACUUUUUGCCUUGUGUUUUACUUAUGUUAAUUAAUUCGUCUAAAAUUCGACUGCAACUCGAGGUUUAAAAAAAAAAUGUGCCUUCAAACAGGGACUCUUUUUAAAUACUUCUUGGUUUCUUUUAUUGUAUUUUAUUUAUUUGGGGACCAAAAUUAAAAUCAUUUUUAUUUAGUUUUCGAAUUCGAGCAUCAAGUCUAGAAAUUCGAACGUUAGGUAGCUAUAUUAUAUUAGCACAUACGUAAUAACUUUUUCCAGGGGCGUAGCACUGACUAACACUUAAAGAAUAGCAAUUUUUGUUCAACAUUUUUUUCGAAUUGAUUAAAAAAAAGGUUUUGUAGACGUCGAGAUAUGAUUACAAAAAUCAUACAUAUAGCCAUUAAAUUUCAAAUUUUCUAAAGUAAGGAAUUCCAACCAAACUAAUUUUUAAUUCAUCUACAUCAUCAUAAUAAGGUUUUCAUCGCGAAGACUGGUUGGGUAUACCCAUAUAUGCAUUUUCAUUUCUUCCUUUUGAAGCCACAUUUUGCAUUUCUCGAAAAUUCGAGCAACAACAAUAGAUAAUCUAGUCUAAGUCUACGUCUACCCUUUUUAACUUUCGUUUCUGCUUGUUAUAUGUCUCUACCUAAUCUUUUAUGACUGAGAAGGUGUCCUACAAAUCGAUAUCACUUGAUUUCCAUACCGCUCCCUGUUUUACUAUUCGUUCUAAAAUAAAAUAAAAAUUUCUUUUUGUUAAAUACGAUCGGCCCCUGUGCUAUUUUUGGUUUUAUAUCUAGCACUAGCACCUGGACGGCAUUUUAGGGUUAGGUCAAAAACUUGACUGCCAAAAAUUUUUUAAAAGUAAAUUACUCAAAGAAGUUAUUUUAAAAAUAUCUUCCUCUAAAAAAUUAAGUGUGCUUGAGCUUUGGGCGCCAUCCUUGUCAUUUUCUUCUGGACCUCGACAAAAAUUUUCAAAAACAUUCGGACCUCACCUAAAAUUACUAGCCGAUCCCUUCCCUAGAUGUUGAAAAUUAGCGACUUCUUCUAGUUUAUUGUCCCUUGUUUCUAUAUUAGUUCUAACUUUACUUGUACAUCCCUUAUGUAGGUACCAAAAUUUUUAUUUUACCUUUAUUAAUUUUCAUACCAUAUUCUUUAAAGCUAACUUUAAAACAACUUCUUGCUAGAUGUCAAUACUGCUAAAAUUGCUGAUAUUUUGUCCCUGUACAUGUAACCCUAAAGUUUUGUCUUCUCGUUAAAUAUAUUGAUCGAAUCUUCAUACAUACAUCCUUGUAUAGCUCCCUUCCUAAUCCUAGUAUUUACUUCUCUAUGAUGUUCCUCAAAGUCUAUAAAUAUUUGUUGCUCUUUAUAUAAACUAUAUACCACUCUUUUAUCUCUUCAUCCGCACAUUCUUAAGUAUUUUUAACAUCUCUCAUUUAACACUGUCAAACGCUUCUCUAUACUUGUUUUUUUCUAUUGUUUUCUUAAUAUGAAAUCAGGCGUUUCUCUCAUACUUCUAAUUAAGAAUUUAUUAUUUCUACGGUUGAGGUGACUCGUAAUUUUUACUGCUACGCCCCUGGCUUAUAUUGUAUAUAAAUUUGCAAAUAUAGUAAAAGUUUGUUGGUUAGAUAAAGUUUUCUUCGUUACAGUGUUAUAUAUCUAUAUAGAUACUAAAUAUACGAUAAUAUCAACAUAAAAAGUAUUUAAAAAAUUGGCAUCUAUCUAACAUGUCUUACUGAUACGUAUUUGAAGCUUGACGACUUGACUUGCGUAUUGUAACCCAUGUCGAAAUGCCCUUUUAAUCUUGAAAGAUAUUUCGUGCGAGGUAACAAAGACAACAGCAACACGUGAUUGUAUAAAAAAGUAGUUGUUGAUAUAAAGUCACAUCGCGAUCUUCAAUGUGUAAAUAAGUAAGUAAUUUAGCAUAAGGUAUAGAAAACGAUUUUGAAUUGAAAUUUAUAGUUACCAAACCAUAUUUAACACGUAAUUUAUAAUAAUUAUUAUAAUAAUAAUGUUUUCCUUUUAAUCUCCGAUUAGAAACAAAUUGGGGUAAUUAAUUUUGAUUAAAGUAAUCUUUUUGUUACAUUCAAAAGAUAUUUCUUCUUGAUUGAAAUAUUUACGAAGAAUAAUAUUUAACAGCUCAAUAUUUCGCAUAACUACAUUCUUCUUUAUCGGCAAAAGAUGACAUAACACCUGUACAUAGGGAUGAUUAAUAAAAAAAAACAUUACAUUAGUGUCUGAAUUCCCGGAACACGCGAAUUCUCGUAUGUUUGUUCUUUGAAUUUUCCGGGAAAUAAGUAAACACUUUAAAACUGUCAAUAAAUAUUUUAGUUCGUCCCAUUUACAUUGUGAGAGACUUUCAUGUCAUUUGAUGGUAUUCAUUAUCCAGUUGAAAGUAUUUUCACAUCAAAAAUUUGACGAUUUCCCGACAGUUUUGUUUUCGGAAUUAAAUAUCCAAAUUUCCUGGGAAAUCUACUAGAAGUGGUUGUUAUGGACACAUAUGCAAACUGAUUGCCAAACUAAUAAUAAUUAUAAGGAGUAAAAGGAAAACAUAAAUAAUAUGUUAAUUUACUGAGAUUCAAAUUGUGCACAAUGUAAUAAGAAACAGUUUUCCGUAAUCAUUUUGCAGAAUUUCCGAAUUUGGGCGUGGUAGGUAAAAGAUAAUAGACUCUUUAUGUGAACAAGAAAAUUAUAUUAUCCAAAAAUUAGGUACAGGUCUGACGAAGGAAGCUGGCGAGCG